CCUGUAGCUUGCAUCCAUUGUUCUGGGUCCUGUUCUCUGGAGCAGCAGAAAACAAGCUUGCUCCCUCUUCAAUAUGACAUCCUUUCAAAUAUUUAAACAUUUAUCCUAUGGUUGUUUGCUUGGGAUCAUGUCCCAUUGAGUUCAGUGGGGUUUAUUCCCACUUUCAUGUGUGCAGAAUUAGCAUUUUGUUGUUAAAUGCCCUUUAGUCGAUCUCGACCCAUGGUGACCCUGUGGAUGAGACAUCUCCAAGACUCCCUGUCUUCCACUGCUUUGCCUAGUUUCUGCAAACUCAUACCCAUGACCUCCUUAACAAAGUCCAUCCAUCUAGCAUGCAGCCUUCCUCUUUCUACAUCCCUCCACUUUUGUUAGCAUUAUGUUUUCCCCCCCAGUGAGUUGUGCCUUCUCAUGAUAUGGCCAAAUUAUGACAGCCUCAGUUUAGUCAUCUUGGCCUCCAGGGAGAUUUCUGCCUUGAUCUGCUCUAGGACCCUUUUGUUUGCCUUUUUAGUUGUCCACAGCAUCCUCAGCACUCUUCUCCAGAACAACAUCUCUAAUGAAUUGAUUUUCCUCCUAUCGUCUUUCUUAACUGUCCAGCUGUCACAUCCAUACAUGGCAAUAGGAAAAACAGUGGUUUGUACGAUAUGGACUUUUGUGUUCAGUUGUGCAUUUUAGAAUCUUUUCUAAUUCUUUCAGAGCUGCCGUCCCCAUUCUUAAUGAUUACUGCUUUGUUAAUUUUUAAAAUCUUCUAGAAUCUUUUCUAGUCACUCUCCCCAUUUUUGCCUUAUUAAUUUUUUUAAUUUAGAGCAUUUUUGUACCCUGUCCUUCAGCUAAAAAGGCUCCCAGAGGGCUUACAGAUUGUUGAAUUGGACAGUCCCCUGCCCUCAGAGUUAACAAUCUAAAAUGGCAGGGCACAGAAUGAAAAAGGGAUUGAGAAAAGAUGCUGGUUGCUUCCCCCCCCCAUCUCAGGGACCACAACAAAGGGUACUGAAGGGGGGGGGCUCUUGACAGUGGUACACACUCUCUCAGGGUAUGGCAGAGUUUCCUUCUUUGGAGGUUUUUAAACAGAAGCUUGAUUGUCAUCUGUCAAGAGUGGCUUCCUUGGGUGUUCUUGCAUGGCAGGGGAUUGGACUGGAUGGUCCUGGAGGUCACUUCUAAUUCUAGAAUUCCAUGAUUCUCACCAACCACUAAGGAACAAUGGAGCUGGGCCUGGCUGCUCCUCUGACCUUCUGAGGCCAGAGCAAUGGCAGUGGGAACAUGGAGCCUUAAGAUCCUCGUGGACUGUGGAGACCACUGGAUGUGUUCAGGAUUUACUGACUGUGUUUUUAUGUCUAGCGUUGCAGCAGACUCCUGCCACAGAGCCUGAAGGAGCCAUGGUGUGCAUUCCCUGCAUAGUUAUUCCAGUUCUCCUGUGGGUCUAUAAGAGGUUCCUUGAACCAUAUCUCUACCCCAUCAUCUCACCAUUCAUCAAGCGCUUUUGGUCCAAGAAAGCAGUGCAAGAAGUACCAAAGGAAGACCUAAAGAGAACCACGUUUGAGUCCUCCAUGGAUGAGUCUGGAAUGUGUGAAAUUGAAAGCAAUAACAUCGCAAAUGGAUUUGCUGGAAGCGGCCCUGCAGAGGUGCCUGACAAAAAGACUGAUUAAAAUAAACUUGUGCUAUGGAAUUGUGACUUCUAUAAGCAAUGAACUAACUAUCCUAUUCCUACUUGGAAAUGUUAUUGCACUUUUUAUCAGAAUGUACAUAUAUACCCCUAGGGAGACAUUAAGUGAUUCUCUCUAUAGCUAAAUAAAGAGUUUAAUAUAUUGUUGUCCUCUUCUUGACAUCCUUGGCAUCAGAACCUUUUUGAGUGCCAUACAGCUGAUAAUGUUAGAGAUUUUAGCAGUAGGUUUAAUUAACACUGUUAUUGUCAAACCUGCAACUUGUUCCUAAUUUUUGCCUGGAAUUCUGUUUUGACAACUGCUCACUCUUACACACUUUUCUCAACAAAGCUGACAUUCUUAUGUGCUGUAGUUGCAAAGAGCAGCUGUGUAAAUACUAAGAUGCUAAUAAUAAAUACUGGUGGUGGUUUA